GGCAACCGGCUCGCGGCGGACUGGGUGCCCCUGCGCAUGUUCGCCGCGCAGCGUUGCCUGACGGAGCGCCACUGCACUCCUUCAGAUAGGAGGCGCGAAGUGGGCCGAGGAAAAGCGAAGCACCUCGCGCCAGAAGCACUGGCGACGGCAGCCCGCGCCCACGCUGACGGCGGCGGCGCAGCGGCCUGGGCGGCCAACGGGAAGCAUCCCAACGUCGUGCGGGACGCCAUUCACAUCGCGCAGAUGGCAGUCGCCAGCGUCGUCGGCACCAGUAGACAUCGGCGCCUCUGCCGCCGCGAGGGCGUCGCCUACAUGGCGCUCUGUCCCAUGAUCUUCGCCGCUCCUAACAUGGCCUACACGAAGCAGCCGCUGUUCAUCAGGGUGGACAGGCAGGCAUUCCGCCCAGACAACGGCGUUCGUGGGACAGGUGUGCCGGCGGGCGCAGCGGCGUCGAGCGCCAGGGGCGCCUUUUGGGCCGCGCAAGCUUUCCGCGGCAAGAUGGCGGCGCACGGUCGGGCAUCGCUCCGUCCGCACAUCCUGGCGUGGUCGUGCGCCCUCUCCACGUGCCAGCUUGCGCGCGCGCUGCGACGUCGUCUUGCUGCGCCCCGAGAGCGCCUGGGCAAGCGGGUGUGGACGUGCGCCAUGGCCAUGGAGAGCGCCUGCCAGAGCUCCGCGCAGGGUCUGCCGAGGCGUUUCGGGAAUGUCGACUGCCGCGUAGAACUUCUACGGUUCUCCGCCAUCGCGCGGGACCUGUCGCGCUUCGACGGGGACCGGGAAACCUUCCUGGAGACUGUGGACCAGGAGCCCUGGCGCGGGCCCGACCUGCCGCUGCGGGUCGCCACAGGCCGCGAGUUGACGUUGGAGACGGCGCCGCCGCGGCCGUCCUCCUCUGGGAUGGCCAUCGACGCUUUCGCCGUCGGGAAAUGCCCCGCGCGCUGGCGGAGCGGCCUCGUGUUUCAAGACACCUACCUGCGCGCUGGAACUAGCAGCCCGCGGGGCUGCCCCAACCGUCUGCUCGGGCGCGCCGACGGCCAGGGCAGCCUGGAGUCGGGCCGUUCGAUGCACUUCCAUCUCCAGUCGCCAGCGCACAUCGCCAACAGCGCCGGCACCGCGGCCGGGCGCUUCAACCUGGGCGCAAAGGACCUCCGCCGGGCAAGCGACCUCGCGGC